AUGUAGUUCUAGUUGUUUCAUUCUUCAUGAUGGAACAAAGAGUGAGAACUCCUCAGAAGCAUCCCCUCCCCAUACAUAGAUGAGUCUGUGAGCAGAGCAGAUAAUAAUCAGGACAGAUCUUUUCCUGCCACACAGUUCUUCCCAUAGACAUCUGACUUGAUGGAAAUAAUGCAGAAGAGAAGCAAAGGCUGGUUCAGUGCCCUAGCAGUGGGUGUGUUUUUCUUUGCUCGCUUCAAAGGAAAAUAUUUUUAAGGUUUCACCGCAGAAGAAACAACAAUGCAGACGUCAGAGACUGGGUCGGACACAGGCUCGACAGUGACUUUACAGACUUCUGUAGCUGGCCAAGCAGCUGUGCCCACCCAGGUGGUACAACAGUUACCAGUCCAACAACAGGUUCAGCAAGUACAAACUGUACAACAAGUACAGCAUGUAUACCCAGCCCAGGUGCAGUAUGUGGAGGGAAGUGAUACUGUCUAUACAAAUGGAGCUAUACGAACAACAACGUAUCCUUACACAGAGACUCAGAUGUACAGCCAAAACACUGGGGGGAAUUACUUUGAUACCCAAGGAAGUUCUGCACAGGUGACAACAGUGGUCUCUUCUCAUAGUAUGGUGGGCACUGGAGGCAUUCAGAUGGGUGUCACUGGAGGACAGCUUAUCAGCAGCACUGGAGGUACCUACCUGAUUGGCAAUUCAAUGGAGAAUUCUGGCCAUUCAGUGACUCACACAACACGAGCCUCCCCUGCAACAAUUGAAAUGGCGAUUGAGACACUGCAAAAGUCUGAUGGUCUGUCCACUCACAGAAGCUCUCUUCUCAACAGCCAUCUCCAGUGGCUUUUAGACAACUAUGAAACAGCAGAAGGAGUUAGUCUUCCCAGAAGUACCCUCUACAACCAUUAUUUGAGACAUUGUCAGGAGCAUAAAUUGGACCCAGUUAAUGCUGCUUCUUUUGGAAAACUAAUAAGGUCAAUUUUCAUGGGCCUAAGGACCAGAAGAUUGGGAACAAGGGGGAACUCCAAAUAUCAUUACUAUGGGAUACGUGUCAAGCCAGACUCUCCUCUUAAUCGGUUACAAGAAGACAUGCAAUAUAUGGCUAUGAGACAGCAACCCAUGCAGCAGAAACAAAGGUACAAGCCUAUGCAGAAAGUGGAUGGAGUCGCAGAUGGUUUCACAAGUGGUCAACAGACAGGCACAUCUGUUGAACAAACUGUAAUUGCCCAAAGUCAACACCAUCAACAGUUUUUGGAUGCAUCUCGGGCACUUCCAGAGUUUGGAGAAGUUGAAAUCUCUUCUUUGCCAGAUGGUACUACUUUUGAGGAUAUUAAGUCACUCCAGAGUCUCUAUCGAGAGCACUGUGAGGCAAUAUUAGAUGUUGUAGUAAACCUUCAGUUUAGCCUAAUAGAAAAAUUGUGGCAGACUUUCUGGCGUUAUUCUCCCUCAACAACAACUGAUGGCACAACUAUUACUGAACCAAGCAAUCUGAGUGAAAUAGAAAGUCGACUUCCGAAAGCAAAGCUGAUUACUCUGUGCAAAAAUGAGUCAAUUCUGAAAUGGAUGUGUAACUGUGACCAUGUGAUGUACCAGGCUUUGGUGGAGAUUCUCAUUCCUGACGUCCUUAGACCUAUUCCUAGUGCCUUGACCCAAGCCAUUCGCAAUUUUGCAAAAAGCCUUGAAGGUUGGCUUUCCAAUGCCAUGAACAAUAUUCCACAGAGAAUGAUUCAAACCAAGGUUGCCGCUGUAAGUGCCUUUGCUCAGACACUGCGAAGAUACACAUCUCUUAAUCAUCUGGCUCAGGCAGCUCGUGCUGUAUUGCAAAACACUUCUCAGAUCAACCAGAUGCUCAAUGACCUCAACCGUGUUGAUUUUGCCAAUGUCCAGGAGCAGGCUUCCUGGGUGUGCCAGUGUGAUGACAACAUGGUACAGAGGCUGGAAACAGAUUUCAAGAUGACUCUUCAGCAGCAGAGCACUCUGGAGCAGUGGGCUGCCUGGCUAGAUAAUGUAAUGAUGCAAGCACUGAAACCAUACGAAGGAAGACCUAGUUUUCCUAAAGCAGCACGACAAUUUCUGUUAAAAUGGUCUUUUUACAGUUCAAUGGUUAUUCGAGAUUUAACCUUGCGCAGUGCUGCUAGCUUUGGUUCUUUUCAUCUGAUUCGUCUAUUGUAUGAUGAAUACAUGUUUUACUUAGUUGAACAUCGUGUUGCUCAAGCCACAGGAGAGACACCUAUUGCAGUCAUGGGAGAGUUUGGUGACUUAAAUGCAAUGUCUCCUGGAAAUAUGGACAAAGAUGAAGGCAGUGAAGUUGAAAGUGAAAUAGAUGAAGAGUUGGAUGAAUCUGGAGAACCGCAAGCAAAGAGAGAGAAGACUGAAAUUAGUCAGGCCUUCCAGGUGGGCUGCCUCCAGCCAGUACUGGAGAGUGGAGUACAGCAGAGCCUCCUGAACCCUCUUCACAAUGAGCACAUUGUUACAGCUACUCAAACUAUCAGACAGUGCAGUACUACUGGAAAUACAUAUACUGCAGUCUAACAAAUAUUAAAGCUCUUUUUAUCCCAGAUUAUAUUAGCCCUGUUGAUAUUGGGCUUAUCAUGGGGGAGGGGAGGGAUGAAAAAAAGACGUCUGAAAGCUGACUGUUGUCAAAUUUUAUCUGUGCUUGAACAUUACUUUUACUGGAGUUGUGAAAUGGAAUGGGUGUAUGUAUUUUGCCAGGUCUCUUUUUUGGGGGGGGAACGGUAAAUACAAUCAUUUUACACUGGCCGCUUAAUAUAGAGUUUUCUUAGUUUCAAGAGUCAAGAAGCAUUUUUGCGAAGCUUAAUGUUAAUGUUUUUUGUCCUCUUUAUAAUUAAAAGUAAUUUAAUUUUUUCAUAGUUUUUACAAAAUAUUUUAAUGUUAACUGUUAGUCAUGGUGAUUUCGUAUAAAUAGGGUUUUUAAUUAAUUGCACUCUGAAAUAUCAAGAAAUUUCCUCUUUGAUUUACACUGGAGGCAUGCUCAUUUGACAGCAGCUGCAUUAAAUCGUUAGUAAAAGGCAGCUUUCUUUGGAGAGAACUGGAAGAUGCUAGUAUUUUGAUACAUUUCAGAAUGUUCAGGGGAUAUAUUGAAAAUUUCUUAUAAUUCUAGAGAACAUAGUCUGAUGUCUUUCUCAGAGAAAGAGUGGUUCUCAUGGUUGCAGGAUAAACAAAAGCUCUGAUAGCAUGUGGUAAUGUGUACUUAAUAAAUGUACAGAUGACACCAUUAUAGACAAUGCAAGCUUCCUUUUAAAAAAAAAGUUUUAAUUUUUUGCAUACCAAGUCCUCUCUUUUUAAAACUACUGAUUUCAAGUAUAGUCUGCCCAAAUAAAUGAUUCCAUGCAGCCUCCAUUCAUUUUAAUAGAGCAUGCACAAAGAGUCACAUAAAACCAUCUUUGGAUUCAAACAAAAAGUCAAACCACCUUUAAAUGAGUGGAGGUUUUGUAAACAGUAGCACUUGGUGGAUUAUGCACCUCACACACGUAUGGGACCACUACCAAGAUGCUUUCUGCUCUUCAGUGAAACUACAGAUGUUAAAUACUGAAGUUUUUAAAAGCAUCUUGAUUUCUUUCUUUCUUUUUUUAAGUGUUAUUUCCUUCUGGACAUGCAGGAAACCAUUCCUUUCAGAUGACUUUUUUUUAACUCCCAUGCCCUUUUCCUCAUGAUAGUUCAAUCUGCUGCUCUUGUUAAAGAUAGUUUAUAGGAUGCAAGGAAUGUAGCAACCUGCAUUGUAAUUUUGCUCAAAAUAAUUCCUGGUUCUUAAGUGGAUUUCAUUUUAUACAAAAAUAUUUAAAAGGCAGUGAAACUGGCACAUGUCACUUGUACUUAUUUCCCAAUUGCGUAGAAUUUGAGUAGGUGGCUAGACGGACCAUUGCCAUUUAAGAAUGUACAUCAGGGAUCAUUGUACCUCGGCUAUUACAUGGUGCCUUAAACAGAACUGAAGCUAAGAUUUUUCUUGUUAAUAACUCUUACAUUGAUUCAACAAAGUGUGCCUGUCUUCUUUCUUUCCCCCCUCCUCAAAUUUCCUAAACAGUAAGGGCAGGUUACAUAGUUUUCAGAUAUCAAGAUUUUUUUUAAUUAUAUAUACUAUCCCUCUUAGAGUGACAGCCUAUUUCUUAUUUAUAGCUGAAUUUCACUUUAUUACUAAUCAGAUUUUCUUGGUUGGGUGUGGGGAGAGGUUGAAAACAAAACUAGCUUUAACAAUGUCAAAAGUCAACAAAAUAGGUUAGCCAAUUCUCAAACAAGAAUUUAUAUAUAUAUAUAUAUAUAUUUCUAAACCCUUAUCUACUUUUAAUUUUAAAAAUAAAGUAAGCAGAAUUUUAAAGCAGCAUAUAAUUUCAAUUGUGCAUAUGAUGGUGGGGGGUUGUCAGUCUGCUAUUUUAUUUAAUUGUUAAAUCAUGCUAUGUAUUGUUUCCCUUCUAUUCUAACUGACUGGUCAUAGGUAUAAUGGGUUAAACAUUUGGUUUAAAAGAUACCUGAAUUUCCUUAGUCUGAUCAAAACAAACCAAAAAUGAAGGAAAGCACAAAGAAAAUUUACAGACUUUGGAGCAAGGCCUGUGUAAAAUAUUAAGAGCCUUGUUUGUCAUUUGUCAGAAAGACGAUGUGUGUGGUUAUAGUCACCAAAUGAUUGACCAGCAUAUGGAAUUAUUGGUAUUUACAGGUUUGAUCCUAGCUUUUUCUUGCUUCGAGAAAUUCUAAAGAUUUACUUUUUAAAAAUCUGAAGAUCUCUGUUUGUAAACUAAGCUUUAAAAGUUGCUUAGAGUUGCAGAAUUUGAAGCCUGCCAGCAGUGUAGGCUGAGCUACAUAGAGGCCUAAUCAUUUCUGCCACAUCAUUAAACUUACCCUCAGACGUUCCAUUAUGAUUCAGUUCACACUGUUUUUUAAAUGUGUUCUUAUUCUCCCCCCCCCUCAAAAUUCAUCAUGACUGUACCCCUCACCAAUGUUUUUAAAGCAAGCUGUGACAAUUACUCCCUCUCAUUGUCUAUUAUGAAAUGUUUACACUUGUAUAACAAAGAAACACUUUUCAGCAUAGUUUUAUAAGGGUCUAAUAAUGAUGUUCUGUAUUAGAUGCAGUUUAUUCACUGGUAUAAUCCUUUUCAGAUGGCAAACUUCUACAUAUUCUCAUAAUUGUUCUUUUCUUUUGAAUACUGGAUGUUGUUCAUGCAGAAAAAUGACAAAGAUGCAAUUUUUUUGAGAGACAGACAGGGCUUAUAAAAUUUCUGAUUCCACUUCCCCUUCCAAGUUGAUCACUGUAUUUAAUGUGCCAAAAAGUCAUCAUUGUAACUUAUCCCUUAUCUAGAGAAAAAGUUGUGUUCUAGUCUGCAAUGCAACCAUGCCAGUAUAAUGGAUUUUGGCAGCUAGAUAUUUUCAGAAAUGCAGUGAAAAAUAAUUAAUAAAUACUAAAAGUAGUUUGCAUUAACCUAGAUGUAUAUGGUACACAUUUAAUGCCCAAUUUAAUGACAGUUGAUAAUUUCUACCUUUAAUUUUAUUUCUGAACAGUAUAGAACAGAUCACAACAUGAAUAGUUUACUAUUCUCUCCAGUAUAAUGAGUAAGGCUGCAUCUGCAGUGGAGACAUAAUCCAGUUUGACACCACUUUAACUAUGGCUCAAUGCUACGGAAUUCGGAAUUUUUGUGUGAUAUUUAGCCUUCUCUGUAAGAGAAUUCUGGUGCCACAACAAACUACAAAUUCCAGGAUUUCAUAGCAUUAAGCCAUGGCAGUUAUAGUGGUGUCAAACUAGAUUAUUUCUGCAGUGCAGAUGCAGACUAAACCACAUCAUUUAGAUUCUGACAUUACAUUUCUUGUACCUAUAUACCAUUUCUUAACAUUCUCAAAAAUCUGAUCUCCAAGGGCUGGGAUUCAGAAACUCCCGUGUAUGUAUCUAAUGCAGGGGUUCCCAACCUGGGGGUCGCGGCCCCUUCUUGGAAGUCACCAGAUUGGGAUUCCCCCCUGCCUCCCCUUCCUCCCUUUUUCCCUGCGGGUGCCGGCGCUAGCGCCAGCAACCGCAAGGAGAAGGGGCCGGGGUCACCUCCUCCCCUUCCCUUCUCCUCACGGGUGCCAUCAAAGGCACCCGGGAGGAGAAGGCGAAAGGGACGGGACUGCCAGCCCCAGCAGCCUUUGUGACCGUAAGUCCCGCCCUUCUUCCCCGGUGGCCUCCCUGAAUGGUUGGGAGGCUGGGAAGUGGCGGGACAUCCAGCCGCAAAGCCUGCUGGGCUUGUAGGCAGUCGAAAGUCCCGCCCCUUCCUCUCCUCCCAACCAAUGAGGGAGGUCGCGGGCGGGACUUUUGCCCGGAAUGGGGGUCGCGGCCCAACAAAGGUUGGGAACAGCUGAUCUAAUGCCUUGUGCAUAUACCAGGGCCUCCCAAAUUUCUCUUCUAGUUGCAGUUCUUGUGUAAUUUGAACAGUGCACUAGAAAGUCAUGGGUUUGUGGUUCAGAAUGUCUAGCCUGAUGGUCUCCACAUAACACUUUGAAUGCUUGGUAUGAUCUUUAGCAAACUACUCAACUAUUUAACAACAUAAAAGAUAGAAAAUUUUUCCUGUCUGUAGUACAGCUUGAGCUUCCCUUAUCUGACAUGCUUGGGACCAAAAGUGUUUUGGAUUUUGGAAUAUUUUCAUAUGCAUAAUGAGCAUGUCCAAAGGAUGGUGACUAAAAUGGUGAAGAGUCUGGAAACUAUGCCCUUUGAGGAACGA